AUGUCCUGCGGCCACACAAUUUUCACUCACUCAAUCAACUGCGACAGCGUACACUGCCAGCAGCAGCAGCAGAAACCCCAGCUCCAGCCUGUCUUCCUCAACGACAGCUGCUCCGCUUGCCACCGCCCCGCAAGCUACGCUCAGAACCGCGCGCGGCACGAGGCCGAGCACGCCGUCCUGAUGGGUGAGUACAUGCGGGCCGAUGCUGCCGGUGACGAGGACGGCAUGCGGCGGGCUCGGCGCGCCAUGCUCGAGCACACGCGGCUGCUACGCCAGCGGAACUUUGUGGUGAGUUUGGUGAGAGAGAAGGCGGGUGGGGAUGUCGAGUGGCCUAGUCUGCCUUCCUGUGAAUGA